CUCAAACUCAAUACGCUUCUCAAACCCGGAGAAAAAUGGCACUCUCAACGACUCUUUUCAGAUUUCCUCCGAUCCCACUCCAACAGUUCCACCACACACCUUCUACCAAAAGACUUCUCUACCCCCGGAUCAGUCCCCAAUUCCCCAAAAUGCCUCUCACCGCCAAGGCUCUCCCUAACCCUGUCCCUGGAUUUAGGGGGGCAGUUUCGGAAGCCAUCGCUCUCAUCCAAUCGUCGCCCGCCACGUGGAAGUCGGCUUUUCUCAACAACUUCCUCAUCUUCAUUGCCGGCGCUCCGAUCCUCGUCUCCGGCCUCUCGCUCUCCGGCAUCGCCGCCGCCUUCUUGCUCGGGACGCUGACAUGGCGCGCCUUUGGAUCACCUGGGUUUCUGCUCGUGGCUACAUACUUCGUUAUUGGGACGGCAGCCACAAAGGUGAAAAUGGCACAGAAAGAGGCUCAAGGGGUUGCUGAGAAGAGGAAAGGAAGAAGAGGGCCUGGUAGUGUUAUUGGUUCUAGUGCUGCUGGUUGUGUUUGUGCUUUUCUUUCCAUAUAUGGGGUAGGGGGAGAGGCAUUUUUGCGGCUUUGGCAACUUGGAUUUGUUGCCAGUUUCUGUACUAAACUGAGUGAUACCGUCUCAAGUGAGAUAGGCAAGGCAUAUGGGAAAACAACGUACCUAGUUACAACAUUGAAGAUAGUUCCAAGAGGAACAGAAGGGGCUGUAAGUGCUGAGGGAACCUCUGCUGGACUUUUAGCAUCAAUUCUUCUUGCUUUUGUUGGUUGUCUCAUGGGUCAGAUUGAUGCAGUGGAAGCAGUAAUAUGUGUAGUAGCUGCUCAGAUUGCUAACCUUGGUGAGAGCUUUAUAGGUGCUGCACUCCAGGGGAAGGAAGGAUUUCGAUGGCUCAACAAUGAUGUGGUCAAUGUAAUCAAUAUAUCCAUGGGCAGCAUUUUAGCAAUCUUGAUACAGAAAAUACUCCGUGGAUUUUAACCACUCCAGCUUCCUUGCUGCCAACUUUGUUUUUCAACUCAACAAUGAUGCUGCAAUGUCAUCAACAUACCCAUUGGGAGGAAGCCUUAGCAGCAUUCUUGAUUCACAAAAUUGUGUAUCGAAACUGGGUUUUGUAAAUUAUGUAUCUCACCCAGAUAUGGUUUCUUCUAGGAUAUUUGUAAUCAAUUUUGUGUACUUUCCUUCUAAUUCAAUCAGUACUUGGAACAUUAUACACCAAAGAAAUGAACGCAGCUCCACAUUGGGGAUGGAUCUAAAACAGA